AUGAAUCUCUUAAAAAUCAACCUCAUUUCAUGUUACAGCCAAUUGCAGAAUCUCUCAAGUGCUGAUGAAACAGUUCAUAUUUUGAAUUGCACUAAAAUUCCACUUAAAUUUGCAUUGAAUAAAUUAAGUGAAACAAACGGAAUUUCAAAUCCAUCUCUCGUCGCUGACAUUGCAACAAACCAUCUGAUCAACCUCAGUUUACAAAGGGAAGACAAGGUUACGAUGACGAGCCCUAGACUUAAAAUCAGUCAAGCGUUGAAUUGUAAUGAGGUUUUAUUUCAUAUUUAA